UCACUCCCUCCUUUCCCUGCUCCAGGACAGGAAAGUGCUAGCAGCUUUGGCUCGCAGGUUGGCAGGAAAUUUAAAAACGGCAGUGAGCCGCUGUUUGGACCAACCCCAAAACAUUUUUUUCAUUGAUACAAGAGCCUAUUUAAGGUAGGAGUCCACUUGUCAAACUUAGAUUCCACUGAAACCUAUCAGUAGUUGUGUAACCAUUAACAUUUAUUGACCUACUCUCCAUAAUGAAGAUGCUGCUGAGUUUGGUUGUUCUGCUCUCUGUUUUUCUGUUGAUUAGUUCAGCUCCUCCAACAUGCUACUCAAGGAUUCUAUUUUUGAGCAAAGAAAUCAUGGCAUCAUUUAAGACUUUACAGAACACUGAACCUGUGGACCCCUGUGUGGAGAUGCUGCCCAAGCUCUACUUGGACAUACAUAAUUAUUGUGUGUUGGCAAAACUCCGUAACUUUGUGGCGUACUCCGCUUGCCAAAGAGUGCCACAAGUGAGUGCUCUGAAGGAAAAGAUCCGGAGUCUGUACACCAUUAUGAUCUCCUUCUGCAGGAGGGACUUAGUGUUCCUUACUGAUGAUUGUGAUGCUUUGGAAAUCCCUGUCCUGUCUCCUACUGAUCCCUCUGUCAUUCAGAGCUAAGAGAAAGUGAGACCACAGGAAGUACCUGGGAUGGUUUAAAGGAAGCCAAGAGCCACCCAAAAAUGCAAUCAACUACAACAUUAACAACCUUGUUUUUUUUCAAGCACACCAGCCCUAUUAUCUCAGGCCUACCCAUGUUUCUCAGCCUUGGCAGGAAAUGAUCUGCAUGCCUUGCAUACCUAUCAAGCUGCUAGCAAUACUAUGGUUAGAAAGCAUUUUAGUCAUUUGGCAUUUGAUGUUUCAGUUUAGCCAAAUUAGAAAGUAUGUUUUGUUUGAUCAGAAAUUAAAUGCUGGGUUUGUUACUCUUUCAUGAAUAACUACAUUCAUACAAAGAAAAAUAUAUGAUUCAUGUUCUAACCUAGUGGUUCCUCUCACUCGAGGUAGGCUUGCGAUUGUCUGUUUUUUCUAAAGCAAUUGGUAAAAGAAGUGUUAGUCUGUAGUCACAGACGUCUCUGUACUUUUAUAGUUUGUAUACAUGUAUAUUGAUCGCUUUUAGUGUCAACCUUAUAUGUAUCGAAAAUAACCCUUCAGCCAGUGGAAAUCUCAGUGAAAAACUAAAUUAAAAAACCCUUCUAUCCA